AUGAAAUUUAGAAGAAAUUUUGGAAUCGAUUCAUUUCCAUGGAUUAAAUAUCGUCAGGUGUCAUCUACCCUGGCUAAUUCAUCAUUUUAUGCAGCCAUUUGGAUGCAAACAGUUUUAGCAAUUAAUCGCUUUUUUGCUGUUUCAUAUCCAAUAUUAUAUUCUCGUGUAUUUAAUCGAAGAAAUGCUUGGAUAACAGUAAUAGCAUUGUGGUUAUGCAGUACAUUAAUCGCUGCGCUUUAUUAUAACUUUGAAUGCAAGGAUUAUUUCGAAUCAGUUGUUCAUUCAUGGUCAACACUUUAUGGACCAUGUAAUCACGCUUUUCUCGCUUACGCUGCUAUGCUUCUAUCCGAUUUUAUCAUCUUUAUCAGUGCUAUCAUUGAUGCUAUGGCUUUUUAUCGUGUCAUUAGUUAUAUAAAAGAAAAAAGAAGUCAGGAUGUUAAUGGAGUACAACAAGGAUAUGGACAUGAAAUUAUAUUUUUCAAAGAGACGUGUGUCAGUACUGCGAUACAUGCAACGUUCGCUGCUCUUUUCCGUGUUAAUGUACCUUUAUCACGUUUAACUAAAAUUACAUAUAUUUGGCUUUCAAUACUAACAUUAGAUGGUUUGGCAUUCGUUUAUUUCAAUCGUCGCUUUUUGAUCAAACAAAAUGUUCAAAUUAGUGCGAUGGGUUUACGUACAAAAACAGCGAAAACUGAUGCACGUGGCUGUGAAGACGUGAAAUGA